UUAGAAUUGCCGUCGACGCGAGUGGUUAGAAGACGGUCAUACCGAAAGCCAGACAAAACGCAAAAACAACACAACAUACGAAGUCUUAACGCAUAGGAAAGUUUUACAGAAAGUCUUCUGCGCUUUUUGUCCUCUGCUGCUGCUUCUCUUACUUACUGUGCUUACUUUCUCUAAUUCGAUUGUAAUUAAUUACGAAGACGAUGUCACUCGCACCUGCAGGUGCUGCCGCUGCCGCCGCUGCCAACGGCGCAAAUAAAGAUGAAGAAAUCAGUGUGCCGAAAUCUGACAGUUUCUUCGAAACGAAAACCUUCCGACUAAUCUCCUUGUUUAUAUACAUGGCGGGCAUAAGUGGCUUGGGCAUGACAUUAGCCAUGUACUAUUUGUUUAUUUGGGAUUCGCGUAUGCCACCGCUGCCGGAGUACAAACAUGCGCAUCAUGUGGGCUAAGGAGUGCUCGUAGAUGUGG